CAUCACCUGAAAACUGCUGUAGAGAACUCAUAGGAAGGUGCUCCAUCCUUAUCCUCCUGUGAAACUGUUACCAUGGCAACGAAAAUCUCAUCCAAAUAUGAGCACAUUCCCUGCAAAGAUUUGUUCCAAAAAGGAUCUCCUAAUGUUUACCAGCUGAAUCCAAAGAAAGAGAAUAUUGGAACUCUGACAAGAAUGACUCUGGGUGAAAAGGAACCAAGCAAGUUAAACAAAACCAUCUUGCUUGUGGGUGAAACAGGAGCAGGAAAAUCUACACUGAUCAACGCUCUGGUCAACUACGCCAUGGGAGUGAAGUGGGAGGACGAUGUCUGGUUUCAGAUUGUGGAGGACGAGAAGAAAAGUCAAUCAGAAAGUCAGACAACAGAUGAGACUGACUCUGAGGGUGAGGAGAAAAGUCAGUGUAAAAGUCAGACAACAGAUGUGAUCGUGUACGAGAUCUUUGGUUUUGAAGGUCAAACUCUGCCCUACUCUCUGACCAUCAUCGAUACUCCUGGAUAUGGGAGCACUGCAGGAACUGAACAUGAUGACAUCAUCAGUGAAAGGUUAUUAGACUUGUUUCGCUCAGACGAUGGAGUUCAUGAGAUCAGUGCAGUGGGUCUGGUGAUGAAAGCGAGUGAGAAUCGACUGGAUGAUCGACUGAGGUACAUCUUUGAUUCAGUGAUGUCUCUGUUUGGAAAAAACAUGGAGAAGAACAUUGUUGCCCUCAUCACACACUCAAAUGGAAUAACUCCUAAAAAUGUUCUGAAAGCCAUCAAGACUGCAGAGAUUAGAUGUGCCAAAAAUGAUAAGAAUCAGCCUCUUCACUUCCUGUUUGAUAACUGCCAGCAUGAAGACAGGACAGAGGAGACAGAGGCUUUUCAACAUGCAGAUGAAAGAACAAUGAAAGGACUGAGUCAGUUCACGAACUUCCUGGAAAAAACUGAAUCUCAAAAGCUGAAGGAAACUGUGGAGGUUCUGAAUGAGCGGAUUAGACUAGCAGCCUGCAUCCACAACCUGCAAGAGAGAAUUGAGUUUAUUGAACUGAAACAGAGUGCAAUCAAGCAGAAUCAGGAAGCUCUGAAGAAAUGUGAACAAGAGAUGAAGAACAAUAAAGAGUUCACUGUAGAAGUUGAGGUGGUCUAUAAAGUUAAACAACCUGUCAGUGAGAGGAGAUGGUGGGCAUUUGGGUUAAAUUAUGGAGGAGCUGUCUGCUGCACUGUCUGCAAGGAGAACUGUCACUAUCCAUGCACACUGGCCUUGUAUCCAGAACACUGUGAGGUCAUGAAAAAAAAAUGCACUGUAUGUAAGGAUAAAUGUUUUGUAUCAGAUCAUGAGAAAGGCAAACCAUGCACUGAAUGUGAGGGAAAGUGUUGUGUAUCAUUUCAUGUUAAAGGAAAACAAUGUCCUGUAUGUGAGGGUAAAAUAAAGGAAUCAGAACAUGUGAAAGAAAAGUACUGCACUGUCUGUACUGGGAGAUGUCCUGUAUCAGAUCAUGUGAAAGAUAAACAGUGCACUGUAUGUGUGGACGGCUGUUGUGCAUCAGAUCAUAAGGAAGGCAAGCAAUGCCCUGUAUGUGAGGGUGAAACAAAGAAAUCAGAUCAUGUUAAAAAAAUGUGGAAGUAUGUGAGCAAGACAAGGCAAGUUCAGAUGACCAAACAAGACAUGAAAGACAAGUAUGAAAAGGGUAAAGCAGGCUGUGAGGAGUCAACAAGCCUUCUGGAAACUCUUCAGAAGAACAUAGAGAAACUUGAGAAAGAAAAAGAUCAGUGGCUGGAAGAGUCGUUCCAGUGUGUUGAAAGUCUGGAGCAGCUCGCCCUGAAUGUUAAGUCACUGUCCACUUUUGUCCAUUUGGACUUCCUGAUUGAGAAGAUGAAGGAGAAAGGAGACACAGAGAAAGUCAAGAAACUGGAAGAGAUGAAAGUUGAAAUGGAUAAAAAUGAAGGAAUCAAAGCAGCGCUGUCGUACGGGUUUGGUAGAGUAACAGCGGCUGGUAAAGUAGCUGGUAGAGCAGCUGGUAGAGCAGCUGGUAGAGCAAUUAAAGCAGCAGUGAAGUAAGUUGUAGAUGAACAGAAAGACAAUGGGGGUCAACUGUGUAGAAAACACAGUCCACAGUGUUGGUGAAAUGUGUUUCAUUCUGUAUAUAUUAAGUGUGAUGUUGAUGUAAUAACUACAUAAGAACAUUCAAAUGUAAUCACCUUUUAAAUAUCAGAUGUGUAAUUCCUCAAACAGCGCCCUCUGUGGUAUUUAAUGGCUGUUUCUUUUUGUUCUUCCAGUUUAACUUCACUGUACAGAUUAGAAAACUGUUUGGAUCAACAGCUCUGGUUUUAAAUGGAGUGAGGACUCCCCCUGCUGUUUGAUGUUGAGUACAGCAACUCCCCUCCUCUAUCUUUAAGCAAGACAUUUAUUUUUCUUUAGUUUCUUUGUGUAGGUUCAUUGUUUUUAAGGUUUUCUAAUGUGUUUUUCAGUCAGUACAAGGCUGUGAUUCAUUCUGAUGUUGACAGAAGUCUCAUUAAACUGGUGGUGGGACAGUAACACAACACUGAGACAUAUAUGAUAUAAACUGUACUGAACAUAUAAAGUAGUUAACCAUGAUGUUUCCUUCUCAUGUUAAUCAGUUUGUACAGAGGAUGUCACAGAAUUUAGACACAAUGUCUGAUGUAUUUACAUUUGAUUUAUAUUCUGAUCAGUGUUAUUAUAUACUAUAUAUCCUGGUGUGUUGGUGUGUAUUCAUGCACAUCUAUAUAUCCUGGUGUAUUGGUGUGUAUUCAUGCUUGAGAUGACUAGUUAAAAUAUUUCAGAUGACACAGCUCAUUUAUGUUAUACUGUGUCUUUAACAAGCCAUAUUAUCAGUGAUUGAUAUAUAUUCUGAUGUUCUACAUGAAAUCGUUCUGACUGGAGCCGUUUUCUGUGAAUCAUUAAUAAAACCUCUGCUUGAUGAA